CAACCAUCAAAUUUAGCCCAUCUGUCCAGAUAUCGAGCAUUGCGAUUACUCACGUUGUUGAGGUUGCUGCCAUUCUUGGUCUGCUGCCAAACUCGUGCACUACUACCUUAGCGGUUCACUCUAGCGUUCGAAUAGAUCACUCUCUCGAAUGCCAGAGCUGGAAUCCAAGCGCCAGGUCGAAUGGAAAUGGGUUCGCCCUCCGAAUGGCUCAUUUCUGUAUAAGGACAAGUCUCCCCGUGGCUAUCGACCGCUUAACCGUCAUAUCUGGGGCCAUAGCCUCGAUGACUUUUUUUGGAUUUCUCGUGAUCCAGUGGUGCCUCUCAUGACAAUCUGGUCGCGAAGCAUGAUACGGGAACUCGGAGAGAACUACGAUGAUAACGAGAACAAGAGGGAGCCUCCUCCGAGAAAAAGGAAACCUUGGCCCCUUCUUAAACUUCCUAAAAGAAUGAAGGCAGAGAGUAGGAAAUAUGGUUUCGGAGUCGUCGAUCCGGGAUCAGAUGUCGACAGUGACGAUGAGUUCAAGUGCCAUACGGUCCUUAUCGAUGUUGACUCCGACAACGACGAGAAAACUCGGUUACUUUCUAACAGAGAUGCCUUUCAGAAACUUCUUGAGAAGGGAUUUGGCAAGGACUGGCCACCGGGUCGAAGAGAACUCGUUCACGAGGCUUUAAGCAAGCGGAAGAUUUCUGUACAUGAUGGGCCAAAGCUUAUUGUUUUCAAGGACUUAUCUAUGUUGUCCGCUACAAUACACGGAGACCGAAGUUCAUCGAAGACAGAAAAGGAAAGUCGACGACAUGGUUUGCUGAUCCUAAUAUGCCGUGCAUAUUCAGCGAAUCCCUCAUACGUAUAGGGGUCGUUGUCUCAGAUCAAAAUUCUUUGCAGGAGGGU